GUGUAAACAAUAUAUACAGUGAUGUGUUGUCAUUGAAAUUGAAUGAGUGAUGACUUGUGGUGUUUGAAGAGCCGGUCUUUGAUUGAGAAGUAGAAGAACAAGUGAUCACCAGAUGAACAACAAUGUCUGACAACAAGAUUUCAGUGACACCGGUAGGUGUGGUGACCACUAAUGAGACGGUCAUCAAUCAAAAGACAGAAGAAUUGUCUACCGCCGCCGUAGCCGCCGAUGUGUUACCCGAGACCAGCAAAUCGUUUAGUUUUUGUGGCCAAGACUUUGCCGACGAAUCGUUUAGUAUUGAUUUGUUUCUGAAGCGGAACCGAUCUAAAGUGACACUCGAACAACUCAAAGAUGAUCUGAGCUCUUAUCUGAAAGUGUUAAAGACAUCGAUGAUUGAACUGAUUAAUGAAGACUAUAAUGAUUUUAUUAAUUUGUCCACAAAUCUCAUGGGUUUCGACAAAGCUAUCAAUAAUUUAUCGCAACCUUUGGUCCAAUUGAGAGACCAAUCGGCAAAAAUUGAGGAACAGUUCAGCGAAAGAAUUACACAAUUGGAAAGUCUUAGACAACGAUUACAAUGUAUUCGUUUAAAUAAAAAUCAAUUAAAUAAAUUGAUUUCAAUUACUAAAGACAUUGAAACCGCUGACAAAUGGUUUAUUGAUUACAUUAAUUGCGUCCACAAUAGUGAUGAUAAUCAUAGGAUGAAUAUGUCUUCACUCGAGAAGAUUGCUUUGCUUGUCAUGAAAAUUGAAAUACAAUUAAAAGCAAUCGAUUUAAACAUACCAUUAAUUCGUAAUCAACUGAUUCCUCGUAUAACAACUCUAUCUAAUGACUUAAAAUCACGACUCGAGUCCGGAUUCUUCAGCGCCAUCGCUAACGUUGAUCAACAGGAGCUCAACUCAAUAGUGAGAAUAUAUUCGUUGAAUGGAAAACAAACAGAAUUGGAGACAAUUUUUCGUCAAAAAGUGGUUAAGCCUUAUAUGAAUGAAAUUAUUUGUGAAACAUUUCUUCAAAAGUAUGGAAUUAAACAAUUCUUUGAUGAAAUCAUUGAGUUUAUUGAUCUCAAGUGUGAAUUGAUUGUCGCAUUGAAUGAAACUAACGGUUCAUUUAUGAUAAAUUCAGUUUGGAGUGAGAUAUGCAACUGUCUAGUCGUUAGGACGCCAUCCCUGUUCUCAGUGGGCAAUCCCGAUGUUUUUCACAGACAUUACUGUUUGACCACAGAUUUUAUCGAUAGAUUUAUUGAAAAAUCAUUUAUUACAAGAAAUGAUUUGAUACGUGAUAACCAUUAUAAAGAGCUAAUGAAUAAAUUCAAUGUCGAAGUUUACUAUCAUAUUAGAUAUCAACAAAUGGCCACAAAAUUUGAGUUGAGUCUUGAAGAUAAAGCAUUUAAAUUAAAUCCAAUGCAAAACUCUAGUUUCAAGUAUUUAUCGACACAAACAUUGUACGAGUGUUUAACCACGAGUUGGUCCAAAGAAAAUAUCUAUAUUUCAGUGUUAUUUCCAUCGUUUUGGAAAUUAACAAUUCAGUUAAUAAGUCGAUAUACAUAUUGGUUACAGAAUAUUACCGAAACCGACCUCAAAAUUAUCUCAACGACAAAUGAUAUUUCAAAUAACCGAUUGUCGACUAAAAUAGUUUUGUUGGGAACUUUGAUAAAUGAUUGCAAAGCAUUUGCUAUGCAAUCAAAAUUAUUCUACAAACAGAAUAUUCUUGACAUAAAACCAACGAUUGUAAGCAGCGAUGAAUUGGAGAAAUCAUUUGAUGAUAUGAUUGACAUACUUGAGUCAAAAGGUCUGUCAAAUGUGAUAACACUUAUAGAGUUGUCGCUCAUUGAACAGUGCAAUCAAAUCCUUAAACAAGUCAAUGAUUUGCCACGACUUUACAGAAAGACUAACAAAGAGGUGCCUACAAAGGCAUCCAAUUAUAUCAGCAAUUGUAUUGAUUUGAUGACAUCGAUUACAUCUAAUAAGGAACAGGUGUGGAGUAUUGAGUGGACUCGACAUGUGUUAAAUGAAACGACAACUAAUUUCAAACAAUUUACUUCCGAAGUGUUGACAUCCGUCCAAAAGAUUGAAGACAGUCUUAAACGACUUAAAAAGCUUAAAAUCGGAAACCAAAGCAACCAAUUGAAGAAUAAUUUAAAUAAUAUGUCGGACGACGACAAGAUUAGACUUCAAAUUUAUUAUGAUGUCCAGGAAUAUGGAAAACAGAUUGAAGAGAAGCUUAAAAUUGAUUGUAAAUCAAUUAAAUCAUUCAAUGAAUUGUUUGAUAUGACCAAUGCAUCGAAAAAUCUAAUUAAUUAA